GCCAAAAUCCGCAGCGGAUCUGCUAGCAGGUCACGCCCAAUCCCGCCCGGCUUCGUGUUUCGUAAUUAUUGCGUAAGCCUGGCUGCACAGGGCCGAAUGCGGCUAGACUGGCACAUACGUCGGGGCAGGAGCCAGGGACAUGAUAAGACGUGCAUGAACUCUCGUUUUUGGCUUUUUUUCCAUCUUUAUUUCACCUGUCCGAGCUUUCUGUUCGGCCCACCUUUUUGAUUUGACUUGAAUUUACGUGGCCAUGGAACGCAGGCGAGACCCACGCAUGGAGCUGUCGCCGCUUCUCUCGGACCCGGCCCCCGCCGACGAGGACAGCGAUGACCCGACGCCAGCGUCGCCAUCCUCCCGCGCCUCGACGGCAGGCUCAGGGCCAGACCCCGGGUGGCGGCGGUUCCGGGCGCAGAAGCCGCGGUCCAUCGUAGCACUACUUACGGUGGUGCUGUUCGGGGUGACGCUGAGCGGGUUCCUGGUCGUGGUGCCCGUGUUCCGGCUACUCGAGGACGCCAUCUGCCACGCGCACUACGGCGUGCCCCCGGAUGCCGACGUCGACGAGGAGCGCUGCAAGGUCGGCCCCGUGCAGAUGCAGCUCGCACGCCUCAGCGGCUGGGGCGCACUGCUCAGCGCCGUCGUCGGCUACGCCACGGCCCUGCCCUACGGCAUCCUGGCUGACCGAAUCGGCCGCAAGCCCACCUUCCUCCUGGCCUACUGCGGCAUCAUGCUCGCGUUCAGCUGGGCGCCCCUGGUGCUGGCCCUGCGGUGGACCGUCGACCUCUACGUUGUCAUUGUCGGCUCGCUGUUCUUCGUCAUUGGCGGCGGCGUGCCCAUUGCCCUCAACUCGCUCAACUCGAUGGCCGCCGACGUCGGCACCGAAGGUGAAAAAGCAGCAAACUUCCUCUACCUGUCCUUUGGCGGCGUGCUCGGCAUACUCGUCGGCCCGCUGCUGGCUGGGGUUCUGAUGAGCACGGCGGGCCCGUGGCUGCCCAUCCGUCUGGUCAUCGUAAUCACGCCGCUCGUCUUCGCGCUGAUGGCGUUCGUGCCCGAGACGCUGCACCUGCGGCCACGCAGCCGCAGCGACAAGUCGACUCUGCGGCCGCCGUUGGCCGGCGUACGGCGCGAGCUGGCCGUAUCCCUCGCCCUCCUCAAGAACCACAACAUCGUGCUCGCCCUCGCCACGUUCGCCAUCCAGCCCGCCCUGUCCGCGGCCUACUCGUCCAUCAUGCUCGUCUACGUCGGCCACUACUUCCACUGGACCAUGGCCGCGACCACGUACCGGCUGGCGCCAACACUAGGGCUGCUGCACCUGGCCGUCAUCGCCGCGCUGCCGCAGCUCGCCACAGCACUGACGCGCCCCGACGGCCGCUUCCGCAUGUCCGUCUUCGCCAAAGACCUGCUGCUGACCAGGGUGUCCCUCGCGCUGCUGGCCACCGGCGCGCUUCUCGAGGCCGCCAGCCCCGGCCUGUGGCUGUUCGUCGCCGGGCUGGCCGUGGGCACGCUCGGCUCGGCCGCCACGGCCUUCUGCCGCGCCGUGGCCACCGCCCACGUCGAGCCCCACCAGACCUCGCGCCUGUACGCUCUCGUCACCAUGGCCGAGACCGGCGGCGCGGUCCUCGGCGGGCCCGUUCUGGCCAGCGUCAUCGCUGUCAGCAUUGAUGAUACGCCCGGCCGCCACCCGCACUGGUGGCGCGGCCUGCCGUGGUUCUACGUCGCGUUCUUGGUGCUGGCCGCGCUGGCUGCGGUCAUGUUUGUUAGGCCGCCGCCGAAAGGGGCUUGUGCUUGCGGGGACGACGGCGGUGGGGAUGAGUCUGGUGAGGGGGUUUGAAUUGUUUGGGAGGCGUGUGCAUGUGUCUGAAGACGGAUUGGUGUAUGAAAUGAAGACGAAUUGGUGUAUGAAAUGAAGACGGAUUGGUGCAUGAAAUGAAGACGGAUUGGUGCAUGAGAUGA